AUUUAUCGGUAUAAUAUGCUCUUUUCUCUGAGUAUUUGGGAUCAACUCUUUGUCACUAUGAAUGAGAAUAUGAGUAUUUUUUUCAAUAUACCUAUAGUGACAAUGAUAGUAGAAAAGAAAACGGAGGAAAAUUUCAUAAUUUUACACAAUUUCAUCUAAUGAUCCACUGUAAUUUCGAAAAUAGGUUCAAUAAUCAUUGUCAGAAAUUAACAUUCGAUAUCCAGUGUCACUAGUAUACAGAGUAUUUCAGACCAAUAUCCAUGAGAAAAAUUCUACUUAUUAUAUAGUAGUCUAUAAACAUCUUUUCGAUGAAAAUGUUCUGAGAAUUGAUCGAAUUUUGGUCCCCUUUUUCAUCUUACGCAUGAAACUAAAUGUAUCAAUGAUUUUCAUAUUCCAGGAAGACUUAGACAACGAACAUUUGAUGAUGCUGAAACAAACAUUUGAUGUAUUUGAUGUGGACAGAAAAGGUUAUAUCGAUAUCGAUAUGAUUGGAACCAUCAUGGAUAUGCUCGGAACACACGUUUCAACUGAAGAAAUAGAAAAUAUCAUCGAUGAAAUAGAUGAAGACGGGAAUGGUGAAGUCAGUUUCGAAGAAUUUGCUUCUAUGGCAGCCAGAUUUCUUGUAGAAGAUGAAGAAGAUACAGAAGCCAUCCAGUUGGAAUUGAAAGGGGCUUUCAGACUCUAUGAUAGGGAUGGAAAUGGUUUCAUAACCAUCGAAGUUCUCAGGGAAAUAUUAAAAGAACUGGAUGAACACUUGACUGAAGACGACUUGGACAAUAUGAUCGAUGAAAUUGAUACUGACGGAUCUGGAACUGUUGAUUGGGAAGAAUUUAAAGCGGUGAUGAUUGGCUGA